AUGCUGUUGUCCCUCCCCCCACAGCCACCACCACCAGUGCAACAGCCGGCGCCCAGCACCCUCGACUCCAGGCUGGUGCUGCUGCAGUCGGACCUGAGCCGCCGCGGGGUGCCCACGGGGUCCAAGGGGCUCUGCGGUGCCUGCCAGAAGCCCAUCGCCGGGCAGGUGGUGACGGCGCUGGGGUGCACGUGGCACCCCGAGCACUUCGUGUGCGCCCACUGCCAGCGGGAGCUGGGGGGCAGCACCUUCUUCGAGAAGGACGGGGCGCCCUACUGCGAGCGCGACUACUUCCAGCUCUUCGCGCCCCGCUGCGGCCAGUGCGCCCAGCCCAUCCUCGACAAAAUGGUGACAGCGCUGGACAAGAACUGGCACCCCGAGCACUUCUGCUGCGUCAAGUGUGGGCGACCCUUUGGUGAGGAAG